ACUAAAGAGAAUAGUGUUUGUGGGAUGUCCUGUUCUCUGUAUCAUGCAGGUUAUAGAUCUGUAGAGCUUUUAAGGAUAACCGGUUUAUCACAGGGGGUGAAAGGUCUGGAGGCAUGACCCUAUGUACACAGGUGGCAGCUGCCCCUUCUCACCAGCCUGUGCUGUGAUUGGUUGGCAUGUGUCCUCAUUUGCAUGGUCUAGUAAACGUUUAUUUGAAGUCCCUGCAUUAGGACAGUCUGGCUAUGACCAGGAGUUAACCAUGUGGCUCCUGUGCAGGUGUUUGCGAUCAGGGUCUCGUCUGUCCCCAGUGUGCUGGACUCCGUCUGUGUCUUACAGAGCAGCCACUUCUCUUGCAGGGUCCACUGAGCCAGAUAAGAACAUUAGUUUUUCGGAUGGACAGGCAUUCAGGCUAAAGAGCAGAUGGGAGGUGAUCCGAGGGCUCCUUAUAUUUCGGAUGUGUUCUGUACCAGUUUUGGUCAGGCACUCUGAGAAGUUGAUGUCAGUCUCACGCAGUAUCAUGGGUCACCGCCUCUUUGAGUUCGCCAUGAAAGGCUCUGUAUAUGGACAGUUUGUGGCAGGCGAAAAUCUACCUGAAAUCCAGCGGUGUGUGAAUAGACUAAAAGAGCUGAAAAUCCGUCCCAUGUUGGCAGUGCCCAUCGAGGAGGACCUAGGGGAGGGCAAGAGUGGGGAGCAAUGGUACGAGCAGAAUGAAGACACCAUGAUGAAGUGUGUGGAUCUCUCGGCUGCAGAAGGGGAACGACCUAUGAUGCAGCUGAAAAUUACUGCCCUGAUGAGUGCUGAUCUGUGUAAGUUGUUAUCUCAUUGUCUAUCUGACCCGGCUUUGAGAACUGAACUCACUCCUGAGAAGAUUGUCUCAAUCAUGGAGGGGAAGGAAUCCGCCUUUUAUUUUCUAUCAGAGCAGCAGAACCAGCACUUGCAGAACUCUGUGCGGAGACUAAGCCGUGUUGGAAAGCAUGCAAAAUCUUGCCGCGUCCGUGUUUUGGUGGAUGCAGAGUACACAUGUAUGAACCCCGCUCUCAGCCUGGUUACUAUGGCAAUGAUGGCCCAGUGCAACCAAUCAGAUCCCUGGAUUUGGAAUACUUACCAGUGUUAUCUUAAGGACUCGUUCUCACAGCUCUCUAAGGAUCUGGAGAAAGCUCAGCUUUUAGGUCUUUGUUUUGGUGUUAAGUUGGUGCGCGGAGCGUAUAUGGACAAGGAGCGGAAGUUGGCAAAACAAAAUUGUUAUAGUGAUCCCAUACAGCCAGACUGGGAGUCCACCAAUAGGAGCUAUCAGCGUUCAAUGGAUAAAAUGUUGGAUUUGAUUGCACAAGACAACCGGCGGUACAACCUGAUCAUAGCAAGUCAUAAUGAGGAGUCCGUGCUUCAUGCCAUACGCAGGAUAGCAGAGCUUGGCAUCGACAAGGACAAUGGAUCAGUGUGCUUUGGCCAGCUACUGGGCAUGUGUGACCAUGUUUCCCUAACUCUGGGUCAUGCUGGGUAUUUGGUGUAUAAGUCCAUUCCAUAUGGAUCCGUAGAGUCCGUCCUUCCCUACUUGAUUCGUCGAGCCCAGGAGAAUCAGAGUGUCCUGCAGGGGAUCCGCAAAGAGAGAGACCUUUUACGUCGGGAGCUAAAGAGACGCUUGCUGGGGCGUAGCUAGAACUUGUCCCACACUAAACAGAAGCCAGAACCAAAUACUCACCAGAAUCAGAACUUCAAUCCAUAUUCCAGACUAGAGACAAUGAGUUUAAAUAUCCAGUUUUAUUAAUGUACUACCCUGGACUCUACCCGAAUUUAACAUCCAGAGUUGUAAAGGACAUGGGUGGAUUAUCUCUACAUACAGUAGUUCCUGAACUUCCAGAAAGGCAUUAUUUAUUCACCAGGCUAUACUGUAAAAUGAUAAUAUAAUAUGUUUAAAUCUAAAGACAUUGACACCCCAGAAAGGCUUCAAGAGUAAAUAAGCAUCGGCCCAAAAUCUCAUAUUUCAAUUUUUUUACCUAGAUAAUCGUUAUUAAAUAUUAGUAUAUUAAAGUGAAAUUGUAUCUAGAAAAAGCCUAAAGCUUUGUCACUGAACAAGUCACAUACUUUUUCUUACACAUCAAACAAAUUUUAAGAGAUACUGUGAUACAAAAUAAGAAUUAUUCAGAUAACAGGGAACGCCCACAACUCUGGACUCAUUUACUACUGCUGCAUAGUCUGAUUGGAUGUCUCCUAUACAGUGCACCAUAGAGUAGCUGAAGCUACUAUACGCUAUAGCUCCCUCUAUAGGUUGCCUGUGUAACACUGCUACAAACAUUCCAACCGGCAAAUAUAUUAGUAAUCAAGACAUGGAACAGAACUACGUUUCAACAAAGCAUAACAGGACAAAGAGCUACAUUUGUUAAUAAGAGCAUUCAGUUUAAUAAAUGCUUUUAUCUGAUUAUUCAUUUUCAUCCCCCUUUAAGGUGUUCUAUAUACCAUUAAAUUUGCAACAAUUUACUGUAUUUUUGUACACGUUCUUUCUGCCCAUAUUACAUUUCUUACAGGACAUAAAGUCAAAAUAAAAUAAAAACUUUUCAAUUUAUAUCCAU